GUUCGAAGUAGUUAAAAUUGUUACUCGGAAUAAAAUUUAAUUUAUUUUAAAGGUUCUUAAAAUACGUCAUUUUAAAUGAAAAUAGCUCUAACUUGAGCAUCUCUUGCCUGAUUCCGUUGCAUAUAAAUAGUAAGAAAUAGAGCGUGGCAGAUUUCUGGCACGAUGUUUGGUUAACCAACAUAAUGGCGAUCAGGUCAGACAGUUGAUUCUAAUAUAUAAACGUGUUCGCUAAAGUUUAGCUAUCUUUUAGCUAAGUAGGUUACUAACUAAUCGUGGACGACGGACGACUGACGAACAACUUAUAAAAGUCGAUCGCACCGAAAUGCUCACCUUUGACCACGAAGUGCUCAGUUAAAUACCGUGAGUCUCCAAUGUCGGACAGUAUGACGUCAGGUUAACGUCACUAGCGUUUUAACGCGCAGACUAGUCCGCAAAUGGCUUCAUACAAAGACAUUUUAAAGGAGAAGGAGAACCACAACUGGUUCAAAGGUGCCCUCGCCCUCAGGCUCACUAAGGCCGGUCUACGAGGCCUUGUUGAUGGGGAUUCCUGUCGCCUCCAGCAAAAGAUUCACUCUUCAGUCCUCCAGGCCAGGAACUUAACUGCUGGAACAACAUGCAAACUUUGUCUGACAGAGAAUCUGUUGCGAUGUCCUACAAAUGGACUGUGCACACAUCCCCGAAACUGCAAGUAUCACGACUCUCCAUUGAAGAUGCCUCGACGUUGCCCUACACAGGUAUGUGAUGAUUUUCGGGAUAAAAUAUGCGCAGUCCACAUAUAUGGUCGACCGUCCUGGAAGAAUACCAAUGCCGACCAAUGGUGCACGAACCAUUGGCAAGUGGCCAAAUGUUUUAUGCCACCCGACGGCUACAAAGAUGUGACUUCAUUCGAAGAGACAGACUUCAAUGGCAUCAUUAGCGUUAUGGUUAACUGCAGCGAGUUCCAAAGGAGUUUGUCAUUCAAUAUCUCCAGCAAGUCAACCGCAUUAACUGAGGCUCGGGAGAUUGGCCGCCACAUUCGCCAUUCCUCAGAUCUCAAGGUGACAGACACAGAUCUAGCUGACUACUUCGCCUCUCUGAACUCGCUUCUGACAGACUCUAAAUUUCUGGCUAGUGACAACGAUGCCCAGCAAGCUGUCCUUCAACUGAAACAGUUAAAUCUUGAAAAAGGCCCUCUUUCAAUGUCGAUCGAAGACGUUCGUGAACUACUAAAAGAAGCUAGUGCGAUGAUAGAAGUUGGCAAGCGUGAGUUAGCGGAGUCUGCGGUAACAGGGAAGCAAGAUCUAGAAGUCGUGGUGUCACAGGGUAAAACUGUUAUUGAAACUGGUAAACGUGAGUUAGCGGAGUCUGUGGAAACAGGGAAGAAAGCGCUAGAAUGCGUGGUGUCGCAGGGUAAAAAUGACAUUGAAACUUGCAAACGUGAGUUAGCCGAGUCUGUGGAAAUAGGAAAGAAAGCGCUAGAAGGCGUGGUGUCGCAUGGUAAAAAUGACAUUGAAACAUUCAAACGUGAGUUAGCGGAGAUUGCGGAAACAGAGAAGCAAGAGAUAGAAGGCGUGGUGUCCCAGGGUAAAAUUGACAUUGAAACUGGCAAAUGUGAAAUAGAUGAAACGUUGUCUAAAAGCAAAGCGGUCAUCGAAACCGGGACUCGUCGACUGGAAGAAAAAAUGUCCGAGUGUCAGACAGCCCUCGAAACCGGGAAGCGUCAAUUAGAAGACGCAAUGACAACUGCUAUGAAGAGGGGGAAACUUGAGAUUGAAGACGCGGUGACAAAGAGCAGAGCCGUUGUUCAAGUCGGUAAACGGGAGUUGCAGGAGACCUUGCAGUUGAAAAAAGAAGUUUCUUCCCCGUCAGAAGCAGAACAAAUAAAAGAUCUACGUCAACGGCUAGUCAAGUACUAUCAGAAGCAGCUCAACAGCGCGUCCAUAUCGCCCCUGCUGUCGGACAAAGACGAGAGACUGGACAAGUUGUACGUCCCUCCAAAUAUCGUGGAGAAAGACCACAGAAGAAUUGGAGCCGAUCGACAACAAAACAGCUCUCCUAGUUCCUCUUACAAACAAAUCUUUUGUACAGAUGAGGGGUUGGCCAAAACCGUUUUCGUUGUCGGUGAGGCCGGGAUGGGAAAGACAUUAUUUUCCGCUAUGUGUGCUAUGAAGUGGGCUACACCGUUCUCUGUUUCGAUUAGAGACAGCAGAGAAAGGGGUUAUGAUCAGAGUGAAGAAGGGAACGAUUGUUUUGAACAGCCACUAUUGAACGAUCCCGUACUAAGAAAUGUUGAAUGCGAAUAUAAAAGAUACUUACUUUCAUUGUCUUAUGGCGAUAGGGAUGGAUUGCGUAGAUAAGUGUCACAUCCCGAAUAUACUCCUUUUAAAGAUGAUGACUUUUUUAAAAGCAUCGAGUUUAUGUUCCACCUUAAACUAAGAGAUAGCUGUGAAACCUGCGAACUGUUGGACAUGAUUCGAGAUCAGCUGAUCAACAGAAUUUACCUGCCAUACUACAACAUCGUCUUGAGGCUUGCUCAACUUGCCUUUGAGAAAUUAUUUUCGACAAACCGAAAAUGUUCCCUGGUUUUUCAAAAUGUUGACUGUUUGACACCAGAAGAACUCCAGUUCGUUUUGAAAUCGGGUUUUAUGCAAGAAACCAAGUCGCAGUCUUUGAUAAGAAAAUCAUCGAAUUUCUCAUUCUUCCACAAAACUGUACAGGAGUUCUUUGCUGCAGUUCACAUUUCCUACCACACCAAAGAGAUUCAAAGUGUAAUAAAGCCAUAUUUUCAGGAAGCAAUGCAGGAGUUCUUAGCUUCAUAUUACAACCCCUGUAAGUACUGUUCAAUGAUAAUGCCAGAUGUCUCGCAGCUUUUUAUCAUCAUGUGCGGUUUAAACAGUGAAGUUGCACAACAACUGGCUGCCAUGAUGUCUCUUAGUUUACUGGAAAACUGUGAUAAUGACGACGGUGGGCUCGAUCUAGCUUGUGAAGUACAACAAACACUUUGUUCUGGCUUUAUAGAGGCCAAAGCCAACAAUGUGGAUAAUAUUCAACUACCCCUCUAUUGCCUUUGUAUUGUUAGUUAUAUUAGAGAUAUUUCGACGUUUAAGAUCUUAAUAUCGAUGAACAAGUCUCAGAUACGAAAUAUACAAAUCGAUGGAUACGAGGAAGAAAUCAGCGAGGAGGAGCUCCAGGAGGUGUUUACCAGCUCAAUGAACUCUAUCACCCAUGUUCAAAUAUGGAAUCGUGCUGGACAGUAUGACCUUUCUGCAUGCAGCAGUCUUCAACAUUUGACAAUAUAUGGAUCUGAAACAUCGAAUGUCAUGACCAAUACGAUGAAUUUAGUUUCAUUGCGUUUAAACAAUGUUUCGAAAAAGGUUAAACGUAGUAUCAUCAAGUCACUAGAACAAGGAUGUGAGCAAUUGGUGAGGUUUGAUGUAGAUAAUCUUACUAACAUCAGUUUAUUCUGUCAGACGCUUUCCCGGAUGUACCAAUUAGAAGACUUAUCUAUACAACAGACUGACCUCGGUGAUAACACUUUGCUCCUUCCUGCCUCUGUCGCGAGUGUUAGACUGACCGCGGUGACAAUGAUCGCUCUGUGCUUUAGGGGGCUGGUGGAGAGGCUAGAGAACUGCCCUCACACUGUUGAGUGUUCGCUGUGGGAUUUCGAUGUUGAACCAGUCACAGAGUUUGAAGAAAUUAAACGGGAUAUACAGACCAGACGCAUAUUUUGUAUUGAAACAAUGAAUGAACCAGAUAUAUAUAUAAUUUUCGUACAAAACUAUAACAAAGCGUUUGGAUAAUACCAUGUAACUCUGUUUAUGUAUAUAAUAUGAAAUAUUCGAUUUAUAUUGAAUAUUGUGCGUUUGAUAUACUGUAGAACCAAGUCGUAAUGUCUCCUGUAUCAUUGAAUAUAUUUUAAUAACUUUGAAACCAAAAUAUAGUUGUGGAUAGCACAAAUUGCAUUGAAAGAUGUGUAACAUAUCAAUGAGUUCAAUAUUUUAAAGAAUAUAUUUUAAUUUGAAAGGCUUUUUCUUUUCAAGAAAUCUUUAAAUACAAGUGCCAUAUCGUUUUGUAAAGUAUCCUUAUAUGAGUCUCUUAAUACUUGAAAUAGCCAUAAAUAGCUUGGUCAAAUGUAACUCACUUCAGAUAUAUUAUAUAAUAAUUGAUAUAUUGAUAUCAUUCUAAACCAAAGCCAAAUCACUGAUUCUAGAGUAUAUGGAACACAGAGCACUUUUGAUAUGAUAAACAGGUCAGAAGACAAGAAAUCUGAUUUUAUGGAGUCGAAAUCAACAUUAUUUAUACUGUGUAUAGAAAUAAGAACAUAGACACAUUACAGAGAAUAAUAAUCACCCAAAAUGAGACAAUAUCAAGGUCAUGCCAUAUUUUGGUGUUUGAAAAUGUUUUGUUCUAUAUAAACGAACACGAAGACCGUCUAGGAAAACAAAACAAACAAAAAAACAUAUCUUUUAGCGAGAACAAAUCAGCAGUUUUUUUAAAUGGUGUCGUAAUAAUAAUUUCAACCUGAUGUAUUUG